AUACUAGUGUUGAGCCACGCUCGCGCAGUCGCGUUUGAAUCCACGACCAGAAACAACGUCAGUUCGACGAUAAAAUAUUUUUGAAUUUCGAAUAGAAUGUUUGGCUGCAGUUUUAACAGUCAAUUGUUUUUAGUGACGUUUAGUACAAAUGACUACUAGUUAACUGUGAUAUUUAAGUGAUUAAGUGCAAUUAAAUUGGGAAUUACGUCGAGUUGUUUUCGUAUUGUUUAUUACUUCAUUAACAAAGAUGAACCAACUACCGUACGUCCUACUGGCGUGCCUGGCGUCACUGAUGGUCAACGCAAAACCAAGUCAAACUGAAACAAAAGUCGAAGUGAUCAAGAGUGAAGGUGUUGAGUCACUAGCAUCAGUUGAUGGAACUCAAGGGGGCGAUGCAGAGCAGAGUGCGAGACAGAAGCGAUGGUACAACUUCUACGGCUACGGGUACCCAGCAGCGCCCUUCCAAGCGGCUGGAUCUUUCGACCAGCAGGGAGACACCUUUCUAGAAAUCUAUAGAAAGCUAAAAGACAUCUCCAGCUUAGUCAGAAACCCAAGUCAGCAAGCGCCGCCGCCACAGAUCCCAAUCUACAUCCCAGUGCUGUUCGUCCCCCAGCGCUGCAACUGCGGCGGACAAAACGACUCUGUCAAUGUUACCAACCGUUUCCCCGAAAUGGACGAUACCAGGCAGAACUGGGGCAUUGUGACUGUUGACGAGGAAGACAACACUACGUAUAAUAGGCCUAUAUCCUUCCAGCCAAUUCUUCCAGAGGAGCCUUUGGACAGACCUCCUCCGCCGGUCGAGCACGGGAGCGCUCAAGGAGGCGUGGGUGCUCCUGCAGCACCACCAGUUCGCCCGCAGCCGCCGACACGACCCCCGCCUGCUCGAGGGCCACCAGCGGGAGCCUCUGGCCCUCCGAGGGUUCCCAGCUUUGCUGGUGGUAACCCUGCUAGUAACAACACUCCGGGCAGCGCGCAGGAGCCCAGUCUGUGCGACGGGGCAGUCCUCAGCUGCUGCCUCCGACCCAAAGUGACCUACGAGUGCUUCGCGUCUCAGGGCUGCGACAACAUCUCACAAAUCGCGUUCAACGGCGCAUGCGCCCCAAGUAACCUUCUCAAUAUUGUGAAUAAGUAUCAAAGGUUCUACGCCUCCAGGGCUGGUUGAUUUGUGUUCAUUGACAAUUUGUGGUUUAAGUGUUUGACAGUGUUUAAAUGUAAUGUGGUUUUGCUGUUGCAAAUGCUUACAUGUUCCUAUUUUAAGUUAAUGCGUUAGUGUAGUAACCUCAGUUUGACCUCCUUCCAAGCUUGUUUUUCGUUGUCGUGUUGAAUAUUUUUUCUGUAAGUAUUCUUGUAUUUUUUAUGAGCCAUCCCGUACUUUUCUUCUUAAAAUCUGUUCAUAAUUAAAUAAUACUUAUGUAUUAAAUCAAUCAUAGAAAAAUCUUAUAUUUUGAACAGACUUGAAAACUAUAUACCUACUCACACACACUCAUUAUUUUUCAAUAGUACGUACAUAGGUUUGCAAUGAAUCAUAUAAAUAUUACAUAGCUUUGUAUAGUACUUAUAAUAAAACAAGUGAAAGUAAAUAUAAGCUUAAAUGGUUGAGAUAAUUAAUACUUUACAGUUUAUACAUAUAGUAUAAUAUGUAUAUAUUUAUUUUAUGGUGUAUCGAAUCAUCACACUUGAGUGUAAGUUUACAAGGAGUACUUAUCAUAGUAAUGCUGAGAUAGAAAAUAUAAAUAAAUUAUUUUUACACUAAA